AUGUCCCUAACCGAUGAGCUGGAGAGCCACUUCUCUGCAACCCCCUACAUGGUGACGGACACCAGUGAGAGCAGCCUGUUCAGAAUCAGACCCAAUGCCUCCACGAACACCACCGGGGCCAGCAUGGCAGCCGCUGGUUCCAUGGAGGACAUGAUCGCCAUCUGCACCAUUGGGACCAUCCUCUCCCUGAUGUGCGUGAUUGGGGUGACCGGCAACGUCUACACCUUGCUGGUGAUGUGCCACUACCUGCGAUCAUCUGCCUCCAUGUAUAUUUACAUCAUCAACCUCGCUCUGGCAGACCUCCUCUACCUUCUCACCAUCCCCUUCAUCGUUGGGACCUACUUCAUCCAGAAAUGGUACUUUGGGGACGUUGGCUGUCGCAUCCUGUUCAGUCUGGACUUCCUCACCAUGCACGCCAGCAUCUUCACCCUUACAGUCAUGAGCACAGAGCGCUACUUUGCUGUGCUGAAGCCCCUGGACACAGUGAAGAGGUCCAAGAGCUACCGAAAGGCCAUUGCUGUUGUCAUCUGGCUGGUAUCGCUGCUGCUCACUCUCCCAAUGCUCAUCAUGAUCCAGUUGGUGCAAAGGGACAACAAAAGCAUCUGCCUGCCCACCUGGAGCAAGCUGUCCUACAAAGUCUAUCUCACCAUCCUCUUUGGCACCAGCAUCGUGGGCCCAGGGGUAAUCAUUGGCUACCUCUACAUCCGACUAGCUAAGAUUUACUGGGUGUCGCAAACAGCAUCCUUCAAGCAGACCAAGCGGCUGCCGAACCAAAAGGUGCUCUAUUUAAUCUUCACAAUCGUGCUGGUGUUCUGGGCUUGCUUCUUGCCUUUCUGGAUAUGGCAGCUCCUCUUCCAGUAUUAUGAAUCCUUCCCUUUAUCUCCCAAGGUGAUGAAGAACAUUAAUUACCUGACAACCUGCCUGACCUACAGCAACAGCUGUAUCAACCCCUUCCUCUACACCCUGCUCACCAAAAACUACCGGGAGUACCUGAAGAACAGACAGCGGACCCUCAGCAGCAGCAGUGGGUACUUCCAAAGAAGGAAUCGGUUUCAGAGGAUUUCGGGGAGAUCCCUGUCCACAAGCAGCCAGCACUGCACAGAGACAUACGUUCUUGCUCAUGCUCCUUUGGGAAACAGCAGUGCCUGA